UGUAUAUUAGUUGCUUCCCAAACUUUUUCGACUUACGGCAUCCUUUUUGAUCUAAAGUUUUUUCAUGGCGUCCUUCCCCAAGUCAUAGCAUGACUAAUCAUAAGGAAAAUUUUAGACCAGAUAGUAUUUCAUGAUGGCGCGGCGUCCAUGUACAGACAUCACGGCGCACACUUUGGGAACUGCUGUAUUAAACCGUGACCACGAUUAUAGAUAACUCACGAGGCAUGAGAUAGUUAUCUAAAUGUCAAAGUAUUUUUAAAAAUAUAAAUUAAUAUAUUAUUUUUUAUACUUAAACUAAACUAAAAAACCUAUCAUUACUAUACCAAUUUGUGAAUGAAUAUUAAGUUAAACGUUCUGCAGUGGAUUUCAAAAAUGUCUUCUAUACCAUUUAUUGAUAUUGGAGCAAAUUUAACAGACCCUAUGUACAAAGGAAUAUACAAUGGCAAUAAAAAACAUAAAGAAGACUUAGAAAAUGUUUUAGAGCGUUCUUGGGAGAAUAAUCUUAAAAAAAUAAUUAUAACUUGUGGCAGUUUAGAUGAUUCUAUUGAAGGAUUAAAGAUAACUUCAUUAAGUGAUAAACUUUUCUGUACGGUUGGUUGUCACCCUACUCGUUGUGAUGAGUUUAAUAAAGCCAAAAGUCCUGAAGCUUAUUUAAACAGUUUAACUGAUGUCAUAAAAAAUAACCAAUCAAAAGUAGUUGCAAUAGGAGAAUGUGGACUUGAUAACCAAAGAUUACAUUUUUGUUCUAAAGAGGUUCAAGAAAAAUAUUUUGAAAUGCAAUUGAAAUUGAGUGAACAUUUUAACCUGCCACUAUUUUUACAUUGCCGUGAUGCAGCUCCUUCAUUUAUAGGUAUACUUAAAAAAAAUGCAGAUUUUAUUAAAUCAGGUGGUGUUGUACAUUCUUUUGAUGGAAGUUUAAAAGAAGCUGAAGAAAUUAUUAAAUUAGGGUUUUAUAUUGGUAUCAAUGGAUGUUCAUUACGAACAGAAGACAAUUUAAAAACAAUUUCAGAAUUGCCUAUUAAUCGUAUCAUGUUAGAAACAGAUUGUCCAUGGUGUGAAAUUAAACAAUCCCAUCCAUCUUAUUCAUAUGUAAAAACCAAGUUUAAUUUUGUAAAAAAAGAAAAAUUUGUUGAUGGGUUUAUGGUGAAGGGGAGAAAUGAACCAUCUACCAUUAUACAAGUUUUAGAAGUAUUAGCUUCAUUGAAAAAAGAAGAUCCUGUGUCUUUGGGUAAUCAAAUAUAUCAAAAUACCAUAGAUUUAUUUUUCAAAGAAAAAUAAAUUAUUAGUAGUUUUUAAUAUCUAUCUGUUC